AAUAUUAGUUUGAAUAAAAUAUUACAGGGCUAUGGAAAAGAGGCGAAAAGGAAAAAUGAACGAGGUGCUGUAGCCAACAACGCAGGCUCCGGCUGUGGCUCCAAAUAAGAAACUGUUCGUGUAUGGUACUUGCUCGUGAACCCGCAAAUCGUGCAAUGCAUCCAUUUUUUAACCAAAUGGAUUGCCGGGACAAGGUGGUCUUUGGUCCGCUCCUGCUUCCUGUUUCUUGUUUACCUUGUAUCCACACUAUUGCUCGGAAACCAUAAGGGGGGUGUGCGAUUUCCUCCCUCGUUCAUUUCCUAACACCUUCAAAAGAGACUGAAUCUGGAUGCCAGCCAGGAGCCAGCAAGCAAAAACAAAAACACUGCUCUUAAUAUAUACCAGCCAGGAUCUGCACUCAUUUGAGCAGCGUCGCCGUGCAGCUCCUGGCCAUUAUUGUUCAAGGCCAUGCCUUCUCAAGCCGAGUAUGUCAUCAGAAACUGCUUCAAACCAAGGUCAGGUGCAGGACCGCAAGGCUGGCAAUCCCACACCUGACGCACGACCAUGUGCUGAAGACUCCUGCGCUCCUUCCAAGACAGACCUAGUAAACCAAGCCCACGAGCUAAUCGCAGCCCAGUUUGCCAGACAGCCUGAGAAUAUGGUACUGCAGAUGCUGCGCCCGCAAGCAUUCGUCUGUGGAAGCAUUCUUCAUCACUUGACAAGUCGGCUCGAAAAGUGCAACGCGCCUGCUCUCGGCCACCCACGCUCUGCUCACAACGGACACAUUCCCUUCUGCCCGACCCUCAAAGUGCCAGCAAUCCUACCUUUACCAACUGCGCCCACAGAACUAGACAGUGGCCAUCAGAAAGCACCGGACGUCAUCCAAACAAAGCCCAGUGGACCGAGGAGUGGAGGAGAAAACGACGGCCAGCAGGCCUUGACCAAGGACGACAAAAAAGCACAUAAACCAUGCUCCGCACCGCUCUGCACCUCACGAUCCCAGCGUCCCAGCCAAAUACACGCUAGGCAGAUGACAUGGUUGCUUUUUUUUGGCGGGCUGUCCAGGAAAUGAACAUGUCACUGCCCCAUCCAUCCCUUGGAAAGUUCACUUGGACACGAGACAGCGUGAGCUGAGGGAACGCCAGAAGAAAAACAAAAAAGAAUUGUCAAAAGAAAAAACCCUCACUAGCUCUUGCGACAUCCAGCACACACAGGCCCACACCCUCGUGCAACUUUCGGAAGACAGAACAGGGAGGAGCACACUACGUAAUGUACUCCUCAGCUCCGAUCGUCCUACGAGGCCGGCCGCUCACUCUCGGUCUGACGUCAGUGCGUUUCCUCUCAGAAGCCUUUUCCACGCACAA